CAUAGAGUGAAAGACAUUAGGGUUAAGUGCAGGCACAACAAGGUGUUUAGAACAGUCGCAUGCUGCCUCUAUGCAGUUGGACCAAAUGGACAGGCGUUUCUGGUCGUAUGGCUUGAUAAUACAUUUAUACAAAGUGGUUUAAACAUCUAACUGAAGACAGUGGCAGCACCAUUAAGAUGUGACAUCUCUGAAACUCACAUAUGGGACUGCUAAAUCUCAAACCUAAGCACAGCCCACAGAUGGCUAUUUGGACAAUGUUUGCAUCAAGACAGCUUCAAAUGGGCACCCGGAGGAUUUCACUAAAGCUGGCAGGAGCAGAGCUAUUCAGCAAGGGGAAGAGGUGGUGCUGUCCAUACUUCCCUCUUUUCCUUCUCUUUAUGCUCACAACAACUAUUAUUAAAAUCGCUAUAGAUUCAGAUCUAUUCCAAUCGAGUGAGAAGCUGUUUUACAUCUCUCUGAAAGGGGAAAAUGCCUACAAACAAUUCUACGUGGAAUACCCGCACAAAUACCACUUUAUCAUAAACCAGGAGGAGAAGUGCCAGCGGCUGAGGCCCUUCCUGGUUCUCAUGGUUCCCGUGGCGCCACACAACCGGGCCCAUCGCGACAGCAUCCGCCAGACCUGGGGCAAGGAGAGCUCCAUCCUGGGGAAGACGGUCAGCUUGUUCUUCCUCCUGGGACUGGCCAAAGGAGGAGGAGGAGGUCCAGGGGACGGGCAGCAGCAGCAGCAGCAGCAGCAGCUGCUCCUGCUCCAGGAGAGCAGGGUCCAUGGUGACCUGCUGCAGAGCGACUUCCUGGACUGCUACAAGAACCUCACCAUCAAGACCAUGGUGAUGAUGGAGUGGCUGGACGCCCACUGCCCCGCCGCCUCCUACGCCAUGAAGAUCGACUCAGACAUGUUCCUCAACGUCCGCAACCUGGUGAACAUGCUGCUGGACGCGCCGCGGGGAAGCUACAUGACCGGCUUGGUGACAACCGGCGCAGAAGUCAGAAGAGAUCCUAGCUCCAAGUGGUACCUGCCGGUGGAUGUUUUACCAAUGAAAGUGUACCCACGAUACGCUCUGGGCUUGGGGUACAUUGUGUCUUUGGACCUUCCCGGGAAGCUCGUGGAGGCCUCCAGGCAUGUCAGACCGCUGUACAUUGAGGAUAUACAUCUGGGGUUCUGUAUGAAGUACCUGGGGAUAGAUCUGUCCGACCCGCCACAGGUGAACUACUUCAAUUUUGUUCCCGUGCUGUACAACCGCUGUGAUUAUUCUAGGCUGAUAGCCACCACGUACGAACCUCAUGCAAACCGCAUACAGGUAUGGGAAGACUUUAACAGAGAGGACCCGGUCUGCCAAGGGCCCAAUGAUAUGCCCAAUAAUUUCCUUAUUCCAAAUCAAGACCUGUUUUUUCCCAAAUUGGAAGCAUUUUAUAUUAAUGUAUAAGAAGUGAGAUGUAUUUAUAUUUUGAGCUACGUAUGAAAUAUGUAUGUGAAUGUAACACAUCAAAUAUGUAUAUGAUUGAAUGAAUUAUGAAUGAAUAUUGAAUAAUUUAGAAACAUUAACUAAAUGGCAUGAUGCUAUAUAGCUUAACUUUUCCUGGGUUCUCAAUUACAGGUAACAAGAUUAGACUUCUCUCAGUUCCAAACUAGUCUCACACCAAAACGUAGUAGUCCACACAGGAAAACACAGUAUUUUUACAAUAAUGGCCUAGUUUUUUUGGCCUAUUAUUUUCUAUAUUAUAUUAUCAUUCAUCUGAUUAUCAGUGUAAAAUGCAAUAAUAACAUUGUUUCAGCAUUAAAAUGCAUUCUACAGUUCUAGUUAGAAAUG